GUCAGUCGGUCAGCCCCAUGGACCUAUAAGGAACGGCCUAGUGAGCGUCUCCCUGUUUGAAGGUGAAGUCCCGUCCUUACAUGUCCAUCACCUUUGGUCGCGUACACGAAUAACCAUGUCAGAGAACCGUGGCGAUGCAGAGGAGCGAGGAGACAGUGUGGACGCCAAAUUCUGGCCUCAAAGGCAAUCCAAGGCUCCCAACCCCCCUGACAAGGCGGGGCGAGAGGGAAAAGCUGGAGCUGGUUCCGCGGACGCCAACCGCUACAGAAUGGACUACCAAAGCAUUGGAACCUGUGUGAUCAUCAACAACAAGAACUUCCUUGGGAACACGGGCCAGAAAACCCGUGAGGGGACCAACGUGGAUGCGGACGCUGUGGAGAGGACAUUCCGCGGUCUGGGCUACAAGAUAAGAAGAGAAGACGACCGGACCGUGGGAGAGAUGGAGGAGCUGCUCCACACUGUGUCCCAGGAGGACCACAGUGGCUCCGCCUCCUUUGUGUGCGUGCUGCUGAGCCACGGCGGUGAAGGGACCUUCUUCGGGACGGACGCCUCCACCGAGCUCGAGACGCUGACCGGAAUGUUCCGCGGCGACCGCUGCAAGACUCUGGUGGCCAAGCCCAAACUCUUCUUCAUACAGGCAUGUCGUGGCAUCUGUUUCGACGAUGGGAUUCAAACGGACAGCUCCUGUGACGAAUCAUCGGAUAGGAUUCCCGUGGAGGCGGACUUCUUGUACGCCCACUCUACAGCUCCAGGCUAUUACUCCUGGAGGAACGAGGGCACAGGCUCCUGGUUCAUGCAGGCGCUGUGCGAGAUGCUGAAGAAGCACAGCAGCCAACUGGAGCUGAUGCAGAUCAUGACGCGGGUCAACCACAAGGUGGCGCUGGACUUUGAGUCGUUCACCUUGGAUCCAGGGAGCAAUAAGAAGAAGCAGAUGCCAUCCAUCACCACCACAUUGACCAAGGACUUCUACUUCCGUUGAUAGUUGCCAACUGAUGGAGUCCGUUUUGGGACCGUUAAAGUGAUCCGAUUGAUUCAACUACGGGUGCUGAGGAAAUUAUUGGCUGUUUUUUUGUUUCUUCAGGUCUGUCCUGUCUGUGCUUGUGGUGGAUGGGAGAAGCAUUUGUUGCCGUCUUUGCGAUCUAUUUGAUUGGAACUGGGGAUCCUGUGCUUGCUUUGAUAUACUUUAUUUCUAUGCCACAACGUGCUCUGGAGAUGAACAGCUCUGGCCAGAUUUUAAUCACUUAUUUUACAUAGAAUUCCCAGAUUAUUUCAGAUUUUAUUGAAUUCUUCUACAGGAAAGUGUAUAUUGCUUUCACUCCAAUGUGAAUGCAGGUCUUUUAAAUGUUCAACAACCAGUAUUGUGCUUGAGUAUUAUUGGUUUGUUGUUGCUGUAUAAGGGGAUAUUUUGAAAUUGCACUUUCAAGCAAAAUUUACCUUUUCUCAUUUGUUUAUGAAAAUACUAAAUUAAAAGUUAACCUGAAUGACGCAUGACUCCUC